CUUCAGUCUCGGUGGCUUUCCUUUCUAUCUCUCUUUGAAGGGUUGUCUUUUACCAUCAAGUGACAAUGGACUUUCCGAUUGGAUGUUAGUCGACGGUUUCAAAGGUCACGUCGAUUCCGAUACGACCCCUCAAUUCAUUGUUGCGAGAGUAUCUGACCACGCGUCUUUCGCGCUUCCAUGGGCCCAUUCGGACGUCAGCCUACCACCCCUGUCGUUAUCAAAGUAGCGCGCACCGAGACGGAAUUGUCUUUCCUCCAGUGGGAAGGGAAGGUUUAUAAUCAGCACCUGAAAGCUUUGCAAGGCACUGUCGUCCCCAAGUGUUAUGGACUAUACGUCACCAAUAACGGUGGAAGGAGGAUGGGUUGUCUCGUGUUGGAACACUGUGCCACUACAAACAUCAGUUGCAAAAUCAUGAUUGCGAUGAGCAAAAUUCACCAAGCUGGGAAUGUCAAGCCUUCGUCCCAUAUCCUGACCACACCUGACGGUAUCCGCAUCGUCGACUUUGCUAGCGCGGCACUUCACGAGUGCCCAAAUGCCACGCCGAGUCUGGUUGACACGAGGGACGCUUUUGCACGUCAAGCGGGACAGUGUAAGGAAUUGGCCGUUUUGGAAUACACAUACGGAUUGGCAGAUGGCAGGCAUAUCGACGGGAUGCUCCAGGCGUCUAAUAGCCUCUCCCCUCCACCGGUUGCGCAUACACAUUCGCACCAGAAAAAAUACGCUGAAUUAAGUCGGUCCCAUAGGCCGACCGGUUUCUAGCUUGCAGGCACAUUUUCUUAUAAUUGUACCGUGUA